UUGGAGUUGCCUGCGUAAUUCCACCUUCCAUCUCGUUGCACUCGGAUUCGCAUACUUAUCUCUAUCGCCGUACUAGGGAAUCAUUCAAUUCACGAAUCUAUACAUUCGUCUCGAUCAUGCUGAACGCUAAAUCAUCGACAAGGUAGGCAUCGGCCGUGCAGAAUAUGGCAUUGCCUCUACCAGGAUCUCCUUCAUCAUCCUGGGCCAUGUUCCGUGGGCGGCUGAAGCUUGCUUUCAAGGGUGCAGAAACGAGAGUCUGCGUGGCUUUCUGGCUAUUUGGAUUGAUCAAUAACGUCCUCUAUGUGAUCAUUUUAUCUGCGGCACUCGAUCUGGUCGGACCAGAUGUUCCUAAAGGAGUCGUCCUUUUAGCCGAUGUCAUUCCCUCCUUCUUGACUAAGCUAUGUGCGCCCUACUUCAUCCAUACAAUACCGUACUCCGGUCGAAUCCUCAUCUUCGUGGCGUUGUCCGUGAUGGGCAUGCUGUUUAUUGCCCUUACCCCAGGCUACAGUGAUGGAGGAACAAUAACAGCCAAGAUGGCGGGAGUUAUGCUCGCUUCUCUGAGCAGUGGUGGCGGAGAACUAAGCUUCCUCGGAUUGGUACAUUAUUAUGGACCGUUCAGUCUCGCCGCUUGGGGGAGUGGAACAGGUGGUGCCGGGCUAAUAGGCGCAGGCGCAUAUGCGAUAGCCACUACGUCUUUGGGACUCGGUGUCCGGACGACACUGCUGGCCUCUGCCUGCCUGCCGGUCGUGAUGUUGAUCAGCUUCUUUCUGAUCCUCCCACUUGGACCGCUCCGAACACAUACCAAGAAGCACCAAGACAGUCUGAUUGAAGACGUGGAGAAUGAGGACAUUGAACAAGAACAGAGACAAGGACUUCUGUCAACACCUGAUGGAACCAAACCGGCAUUCACUUCAAAACAUGGCCGUCCUUCGGUUUGGGUAGCGUUCAAACACAACUUGAGACGAGCCCGAGGCCUCUUCUUCCCUUACAUGCUGCCAUUGCUGCUUGUGUAUGUGGCAGAAUACACCAUCAACCAGGGCGUAGCACCGACGCUCCUGUUUCCCUUGAAAGAAUCUCCGUUCAAGCACUUCCGGGCAUUCUAUCCGACUUACAAUGCAAUCUACCAGGCAGGGGUUUUUAUAUCGAGAUCUUCGACACCGUUUCUGCGAAUCCACAACCUUUACCUACCUUCAUUCUUGCAGGUGGCCAAUCUGGUCUUGUUAGCAUCGCACGCAAUCUUCAACUUCGUUCCAAACGUCUACAUUAUCUUCGCUAUCAUAUUUUGGGAAGGGCUAUUGGGUGGAGUGGUCUAUGUCAAUACUUUUGCAGAAAUCAGUGACAACGUCCUCAAGGAAGACCGCGAGUUUUCGCUAUCGGCGACGACAGUGAGCGACUCAGGCGGUAUAUGUAUUGCUGGUUUCAUAAGUAUGGGAUUCGAGGUUUGGCUAUGCAAUUGGCAGGUCCGUCAUGGGAGGAAUUAUUGUAAGAAAUUGUGACGGGAGUUAUAGGUACGACCUCUCUUUGGUCAUCUGGUCUGCAAGUUGUCGAAGGAUCGUGUCAACACUUGUUGAGACCGUGUCCACCACGGAUAGAAGCAUGCAGGCAUGGCUGUCUCAAUUUGAAACUGACAGAUGCUGGUCAAUUGACGGCUACCGGAAAUGGAGCUUCGCUGACCGAAGGCAUGCUUAUCAUGCAUAUUGUGAUGAAGCAAUGGAAUUCGGUGACUUGCCCGAUGCUAUAUGUCUUUUUUGGGCGACAUGUGUCAAUGUAUCAGUAGCGGGAAUGACAGUGCCUUUGAUAAAAGCGG